AUGCGUCCCUCAUCUGCUUCCACUCCGUUAUCAUCUUCCGCGUUAAACUAUCUCGAAUCCCUCGAGAGAAAUGCAAAAGCGUUGCGUGGCAACAACAAUCGAAAAGAUGAUAACUCCUCCAUCACUUCAACUUCAAAGCCAACUUCCUCAAUUGCACCUGUUAAAAGAAGAGAAUCAUUCUCUGAAAUUAUCAAUCAAGCACGUCGACAAGCAUCAUUAUCUCGAACAGAUUCUGAAGAUUUCGAUUUUUUGAAUGAAUCCCUAAAAUCAUCAGUAUUUAGUGAUUCAAGUGACUCUGAAAGUGAAGAAAGUCACGAAGAGAGCCACGAAGGGAAGAGGAUCCUGCCAUUAGGAACACCGGGUCAACAAGUUGGUCGAAAAAGUCUGAAAGACAUUCGAGAACUCAGAAAUUCAAUCGAUCAAUCGCUUAUUAAAACUCCAGAAUUGAAAAUGCUUCGAAAUAAAGUGACAGAAGAUUCGAAAAAACAUGCCCAUUUCGAAAGUAUUCGCGAGGAAGAGGUGCCUGAAGUUAUUCCAAAAACUCAACUUCCAUCAAAAAGUCCAUUCAAAAAAGCAAUUCAAAGUGGAAGUGAAAGUUCUGAUUCCGAUUCAAUAAUUUUCGAUGAAGUUUUCGAAGAAGUUCUACCUUCUCCGCCAAGAAAACCAACUCCAGUGAGAGCUCAAACUGCUCCAGCUGCAGUAGUCCAACCGGUGACAGCCCAGAAACCAAUGGUAGAGAAAAAGGAAACGAAAAAGAAGAAAGAGAAAACACCAACGCCAUCAUCGUCUUCUUCCGAAUCUUCUUCAGAAUCAAAAUCCGAAUCAUCCUCCAAUUCUGAAUCAUCUGAAUCUUCAUCAUCAGAAUCCAGCAGUUCUAGUUCUUCUUCUUCUAAAUCAUCAGCUUCGAAAGCAAGUACGAAACAAGACUAUCCAUCAGACUUCGGCUCGGAAAAGUCAUCGUCUUCCACAAUUCCAAAAGUCUCCAUAGAGAAGCCACCACUUAAAAAUUCAAAUAAACCAAAAGAAAACCCAAAGAAACCAUCUCCCGUUCCAUACGAAGAUUUCAUUCCUAAAAUAGGUUCAUCUUCUGAUUCUGGAAAGUCAACAGUCAGGGAGACGCAUCGAACAUUUGAGGAGUCAAUUGAUAAACUGAAAUUGGAGAAUAAAAAGGGAAAAGAAGAGAAGAAUCCUGCGAAAGAAGAAAGAAAUAAAUCUUUCGAGAAAAAGUUACAAAUCAAGGAGAGAACAGCUCGUCGUUCUUCAUCUUCUGCGUCUUCGUCGACGGUUGGAGAAACUGAAAAAGAAAUGGAAAUCUCAAAAAGAAGACAGAAAAAAUUCAGAAGUCGUCGAAUGAGAUCUGAAGAACCCCAAACGUGCCAAACCAAUAUUCAUAACAUGAUUGAGUCAGUUAUAGAUACGCAUGUUCAGAUGUUAGAUGAAUUCAAUCAGAUGGAAUAUGCAGCUGUUUGUGAAUGGACUCAAGUACUCCGUCGAUUUGAUCGACAUGAUGGACCAACUUCUCAACGUCUUCGGGAAAUUGUUCAACAACGUUUGAAUCGUAAAUAUUGA